UCUGUAGCGCGUGUGUCUGUGUGUGUGUGUGUCGUGUACGCGCACUGGGGAUUCCCCCUCGUGACACAAACAGCUUCUCUUUCACGUGUCAGCUCUUCUUCCUCUUCUUGCUUUUCUUCUUUGCCCGGAGCUCCUGCUGUUGUUAUCGGAUAUCCAGACGACGCGGUGCCGCCUCCCCGCUCCACUAACUGCCGCUUGUCCCCCCCAAGUUUUGUAACUUCCAGACCAGUCGAUAAUCGAUAGAGACGAGCUGGAGCGGGCUGCUGACAUGUUCGAGCGGUUCCUGGAAUGAAACGCGGCGGCUCUCGGUUUCUCAACGGAGCGGCGGUUCCGAAGUGUCCCCGCUGUGCGGUCACAUCACCGAGCAGCGAGCGGCCACAGCAGCCGCCAGUAGCCUCUCAAGUCCCGGCAAGGAGGGAGGGGGAAGCCCGGUGAGGCCACCACCACCACCAUGGCGAGCGACGACUGCAGUAAAGACUUGUACGCCGUAGAGAACCGCACAGACUCGGGCAUCGACUCGUACCGCUCCAUCGUGAAGUCGGAGGAGCCGCGGGAGCCCGGCGCGGACCUCAGCGGGCCGCGGGAGAAGUUCUCCGCCGGGGAGGAGCGGCUGGACUCAGCCUACGGCUCCUCGUCUAUCACCGGGGACAGUCUGUCGGAGCUGGUGCGGACCUGCUCGCUCUCCAGCGGCCGGGAGGAGUCGACACUCAGCUCUGAACUUUGCGAGCAGGAGGAGAACUUUCUCACGACUAUAACCGAAGAGGGAGACACAUUCCUGCACUUAGCAAUCAUCCAUGAGGACGAGUUCAUCACUCAGCACUUGAUAGAGCUUUUCCCAAAAGAAGUCCUGGACAUCCAAAAUAAUUUAUACCAGAGCCCUUUGCACCUGGCCACCUAUCUGAACCUGACGGAUGUGGUGAAGAAGCUGGUGGAGAAAGGGGCCAGCCUGGAGCUGCAGGACCAGGACGGGAACACGGCGCUCCACGUGGCCUGUCAGCACGGGCAGACGGAGUGCGCCAACGAGAUGACCAGAGACGUCUCCCCGAGCAAGCUGGCACCGGUCCUCGAGACGCAGAACUGGAGAGGUCUUGCCUGUCUUCACUUGGCUGCACUGAACAGGCAACAUCCGAUUAUGAAACUCCUGAUAAAAAAGGGAGCUGACCUGAAUAUACAGGAAGGAACCAGUGGGAAAACGGCUCUUCACCUCGCGGUGGAGCUGCACGACAUCAAGUCCGUGAAGCUAUUGCUCAGCAGGGGAGCCAACGUGGACGCCGCCAUGUUUAACGGCUGCACGCCCCUGCAUCUGGCGGUGGGGAGGCAGGACGCCCCCAUCGCCAACCUGCUCUGCCAGUCCGGCGCUGACACAAUGCUUCGAAACAUGGAGGACGAGACGGCGCUGGAUCUGGCUGACGGCAAUGAUGAUAUUCUGGCUCUAUUUCCCUUCGACGACAUCCAGAUCUCUGGGCGGUCGGUGGUCGUUGUGAAGUUCUGAGCAGAAUCGACAACUCUGAAAUUGUCCGGAGCUUCACUGUGGCUGGCAAAGAUUUUUUGAAAAGAAAGCUGUAUUUGCGCUGAAGUUAUUAUGGAGUAGUGGCUCUAUUUGUAGUGCACUCUGAUUUGAUCUCUAUUUAUCUAUUGUGUAGACGAAUAUGCACUUCUUAUAAAUCUUACUUCCCUCUGACGGAGAGUGAUUCUGCUUGAUUGAGCGCAGACUUAAAAAACAAAAUCUACGUUUCUCAGUCGUGUUUUUUUGCUUCUUUUCGUUGCAUCUGGGUUUAACUCGGCUACAGAAAGUCUCCUGACUGUAAGUGCCGGACUUCCCAUCAGCAUGUUCGGCCUGUAAAAUAUAAAAACAAAAAGAUUCUACCUCUUCAUCAUAUUAACCUAGGUUGAAUGGCUAGAAAAGGAUUGCGCAGAUUGCUUAGUUUCACCACUCUGACUGCCGCUGUUUAGUAAAGGAAACAGAUUGUUCUCCUGCUUUAAACCCUGAAAAAGUGAUAUAUUUAAUUUUAACCACAAAGUAGCUUUUGAGGAAUGCAAUAAGAGGCAGGGUUUUUUUUUUUUUAUUCAGAGGAAAGAGGCCUGAAGACUGACUAACAACAAUCCUGCUUUUUGUUAGAAAACUGAUAAACAAUAUAGAAAUGUACCAUAAGAUACAAAAUGCAGCUUUAUCUUUUUGAUCAUUAUCGACUUUGCUGCCUUGUGUGAAAGAGUUGUUUUUAUGUUUAUCUCACUGUAGCCUUUAUCUGCAAAAAUCUAUUCUUUGGUUAAUGAUAACAUUGGCCUGUCCAGUUAACACAAGCAGUUCCUUUUAUUUUGGUAAUAAAAUUGAAAAAAUAUAUAUAA